UCAGUGUCUGGGGCAGAAUCUGGACAAGGACUGGAUUUGGGACUACCUUCUGGUUUGGGGCUGGCUGAGUCUAGGUUUCAGGCUGGAAUCAGGUUGGGUUCAGGUUCUGGUUGGAGCUGGGCUACAGAGCAGCUAUAAACGUGUCCAACUGGAAGGGCUCAUAAAGGUCUCUCCCGUGACCCCUACCCCUUCCAGAUGCCCUCUCUGCCCUGGCUCUCCUUCCCCACAGCUGAGAAGGCUGUUCCCAGGAGGAAUAGGCCAGGGCGCCCUGACUCUGCCCUCUUAUAACAACAUUAUUAGUCCCCCGUGAAUCACCUCCUCUGGUGAAAGAACCCUUGAAAAUACUUAAUCCCACUUGAUCCUCACAAGCUUUCCGGGCUGAGAUGACUAGAUCCAUUGUACUGAUGAGGAAAUGGCUGUGGAGACGCGCCCAAGGUUGCUGGACUGGCUGAUGGGCAGAGCUGGGACAACAGUGGGAUGGAGAGAAGAGUCACCAAGAACAGGGUCCCAGCCUUCCUGAAGAUGCCUGACCUCCUCUGCCUUGGGGUUCUCUUGAUGGCCUCCCCAGUGUUUCUCCCAGUGUCAGGGUGGAGUCGGGGCUGGUACCCUGAGCCAAUUGGUCAGGAUUCCCAGGAAGAAUUGCAGGUUGGAGAACUCUGCAGUCCAGCUGACUCUCGGAGAAGCGGGUACUCUACAGCCUGGGGAGGUGGUCUUAGUUCCCACCUGAGCAUUAGAGCAUAGGUGGGAGGUAGGAAACGAGAUUGUUCCUACUCUGAUCCCUGCCCACACACACCCGGGCCAAUCCCAAACUUGGAGGGAUACAGGAAGCAGGGGGCCAGCUCACUCAUGCAGGGAACUGUGGAGUAGCUAGAGGAAUGAGGGACAGCUGGGUGGUGGGGUAGGAGGAUCUGGAAGAGCCGGCAGGCCAGGGGCUGGCUGGUGGAGCCAGUCUGAGGGCCUGGCUGCUGAUGUCACCAGUCUGUAGCUUGGGUUCCCAGGACCUCCCUGGGCAGGACAAGUCCCAGAACCAGGCCCAUGGGCAGUUUCACAGGGCUGAACCUGGCCUGGGCUGCACCAGAGCCUGGCAACCGGGGCCAAUGAGACAGAAGCAAGCAGCCUGAACUUGGGAACAGAGGGUCUGCUGGAUAGGGGUGUGGGCGGAUGGGGCAGCCUGCCCCAUUGUCCUCGGAGCUUCUCCACCCGGGCCAGUCUGGGAGGGAUCAGCAUGGUUUGGGGUCCCUCAGGCCUUCCAGCUUCAGCUGUGACAGACCCCCGACCCUGACCCCGCCCUCUCCGGAGCCCAGGCCCCACCCCGCCUCCAAUCGGUUCCUCAUUCCUCGAAAGGGGAAAGAGGGGUGCAGCCCAGCCUCAUUUCCUGCCCCUACCUCUAGACACUGCCCCCAGAGGUUGGGCCUCCUCCCUCAGAGGGAGAUGGAGCAACCUCGCUUCCCCCUUCUUACCAAUGGCUUGGCCCCGCCCUACCCCUCAUAAACCAGUUACUGGCCCGCCCCACACCUUCCACUCUUGCGGCGGUGUCUGUCCCGUUCCCAUCAGUCCCGACCUGUUCCACCCCGGCCGCGGGACUCAGAGAUGCCGUCGCCAACACCUCUAUCAGGCACAAUGGACAGUCCUCGUUCGGAUGUGGGCCGCUGGGGCGGGAACCCCUGGCAGCCCCCCAUCACACCUUCUCCAGAGCCAGAGCCAGAGCCGGAGCCAGACAGACGUUCACGCCGAGGGGGCCGUUCCUUCUGGGCUCGCUGCUGUGCCUGCUGCUCAUGCCGGAAUGCAGCAGAUGAUGACUGGGGGCCUGAGCACCGUGGGUCUGGCUCCAGGGGUCGAGGAUCCAGCUCUGGGGGUCGAAGACCUGACUCCCGGGGCACAGACUCCCGCCAGCCUGGCUCCCGGGGCAGUGCUGUGAAUGCAGCUGGAGAUGGCACCAUCCGAGAGGGUAUGCUGGUGGUGACCGGUGUGGAUCUCCUGAGUUCACGUUCGGACCAGAACCGCCGAGAGCACCACACGGAUGAAUUCGAGUACGAUGAGCUGAUUAUCCGCCGUGGGCAGGUUUUCCACAUGGUCCUCCUCCUGUCUCGACCCUAUGAGUCCUCCGAUCGUGUCACCCUGGAGCUGCUCAUCGGAAACAACCCCGAAGUGGGCAAGAGCACCCACGUGAUCAUCCCAGUGGGCAAGGGGAGCAGUGGAGGUUGGAAGGCCCAGGUGACGAAGUCCAGCGGGAAUAAUCUGAACCUACGGGUCCACACCUCCCCCAACGCCAUCAUCGGCAAGUUUCAAUUCACGGUCCGCACACACUCAGAGGCUGGCGAGUUCCAGUUGCCCUUUGACCCCCGAAAUGAAAUCUACAUCCUUUUCAAUCCCUGGUGCCCAGAGGACAUCGUGUACGUGGACCAUGAGGACUGGCGGCAGGAGUACGUGCUUAAUGAGUCUGGGAGAAUUUACUAUGGGACCGAAGCACAGAUUGGCGAGCGGACAUGGAACUACGGACAGUUUGACCAUGGGGUGCUGGAUGCCUGCCUAUACAUCCUGGACCGGCGGGGCAUGCCAUAUGGAGGCCGUGGGGACCCAGUCAGUGUCUCCCGGGUCAUCUCUGCCAUGGUGAACUCCUUGGAUGACAAUGGGGUCCUGAUUGGGAACUGGUCUGGCGAUUACUCCCGUGGCACCAAUCCAUCGGCGUGGGUGGGCAGUGUGGAGAUCCUACUCAGCUACCUACGUACCGGCUACUCUGUCCCCUAUGGCCAGUGCUGGGUCUUCGCCGGUGUGACUACCACAGUGCUACGCUGCCUGGGCCUGGCCACCCGCACUGUCACCAACUUCAACUCCGCACAUGACACAGACACAUCCCUCACCAUGGACAUCUACUUUGACGAGAACAUGAAGCCACUCGAGCACCUGAACCAUGAUUCCGUUUGGAACUUCCACGUGUGGAAUGACUGUUGGAUGAAGAGGCCAGAUCUGCCCUCAGGCUUCGACGGGUGGCAGGUUGUGGACGCCACACCCCAGGAGACCAGCAGCGGCAUCUUCUGCUGUGGCCCCUGCUCCGUGCAGUCCAUCAAGAACGGCCUGGUCUACAUGAAGUACGACACGCCCUUCAUUUUUGCCGAGGUGAACAGUGACAAGGUUUACUGGCAGCGGCAGGAUGACGGCAGCUUCAAGAUUGUGUACGUGGAGGAGAAGGCCAUUGGCACACUCAUCAUCACCAAGGCCAUUGGCUCCAACAUGCGGGAAGACAUCACCCACAUCUAUAAGCACCCAGAAGGCUCAGAUGCAGAGCGGAAGGCAGUGGAGACAGCGGCCGCCCAUGGCAGCAAACCCAAUGUGUACGCCUCCCGGGACUCGGCCGAGGAUGUGUCCGUGCAGGUGGAGGCACAGGACGCGGUGAUGGGCCAGGACCUGACGGUCAGUGUGGUGCUGACCAACCGCAGCAGCAGCCGCCGCACUGUGAAGCUGCACCUCUACCUCUCUGUUACCUUCUACACCGGCGUCACUGGGUCUGUCUUCAAGGAGAGCAAGAAGGAAGUGGUGCUGGCGCCAGGGGCCUCGGAGCGCGUGGCCAUGCCCGUGGCCUACAAGGAGUACCGGCCCCACCUCGUGGACCAGGGGGCCAUGCUGCUCAACGUCUCAGGCCACGUCAAGGAGAACGGGCAGGUGCUGGCCAAGCAGCACACCUUCCGUCUGCGCACCCCGGACCUCUCCCUCACGUUAUUGGGAGCAGCCGUGGUGGGCCAGGAGUGCGAGGUACAGAUUGUCUUCAAGAACCCCCUGCCUGUCACCCUUACCAAUGUUGUCUUCCGGCUCGAGGGCUCCGGGUUGCAGAGACCCAAGGUCCUCAAUGUUGGGGACAUUGGGGGCCACGAGACAGUGACGCUGCGCCAGACAUUCGUGCCAGUGCGACCAGGCCCCCGUCAGCUCAUCGCCAGCUUGGACAGCCCACAGCUCUCCCAAGUGCACGGGGUCAUCCAGGUGGACGUGGCUCCGGCCGCUGGAGGUGGGGGCUUCUCAGACGCUGGAGGCGACAGUCACUCAGGAGAGACCAUCCCUAUGGCAUCUCGAGGCGGGGCUUAGCCCUGGGCCAGGAGCAAUGGGACUGGAGUCAGACGAGCAAGGACACUGCCUCAAGACAGGGGACCGCAGCAGAGCUGCUUCCCGGGGGCUCAGGAGGGAGGACCUCACCUAGAGGGGGAGCUGACCUCUCUUGCACAGAUGCAAAUAAACUUUUUUAAUGAA